CCCCGCGACCUCUCUUCUAUGUUCCCAAGGAAAGAGUAAGGAAGGAGCUCAACAAGGCAUGGAAGAAGCUCCACCCUUUUUUAGAUGCCCCAUUUCAAUGGAGCUCAUGGAGGACCCGGUCACCAUCUCCACCGGCGUCACAUACGAGAGGAAGAACAUCGAGAAAUGGCUCUUCACUUACAAGAAGUCUACGUGCCCUGCAACGAUGCAACACCUCAAAAAUUUUGACCUCACCCCUAAUCACACCCUCAAGCGCCUCAUCGCUUCAUGGCUGUUAGAUCAUGAAGCCAAAAGUACACCUCCUGCAGCACCACAGCCAUGCCAAACAAAUGCCAUCGAGCAUGAAAAAUUGGUAUCGUUGCUCAGCUCCAUCGACUCGACGCCCUUCAAGGUAAGUUCUCUGAAGAAUCUCAGGUCUAUCCUCGAGAAUAAAAAUGAGGUGCAAGAGCAUUUUAUUAGAUCAGGAGGGAUCGAGGCGUUGGGCCACAUUAUGUUUCAGAUUGUCUUAGAGAACACCGACUUCACCACUUUCCGAGCUUGCGAGGAGGCUCUUGCAGUUCUCUCCAUCCUCCCACUAUCCAACGAGGCAUCGGUCGAGCUCCUCCUGAAGCCUGAGUGCAUGAAGCCCAUGAUGAUCAUGCUCCAGAGGGGAAGCGCCGAUGCUCGCCUCCACACCAUGGCCAUCUUAUUGAAGAUAUCGAAGACCAAGCAUUCUUGGACCCAUGCAAUUGGUGAACAAGAAAUGGAUAUCUUCAGGUCCUUGUUGGAGCUCUUAUCUGAUGAGAUCUCGACCAAGCUAAGCUCAUGCUCAUUGGAUGUGUUGCUCGAGAUUGUCGCUGUGUCGAAGAAGAAUGGACGAAAGGCAAUUGAGGCAGGUGCGGUAUGCAUCCUGAUCGAGCUCCUCCCAGAUGCCAGCCAACGCAGUUGUGAGAAGAUACUAUUAUUGCUUAAGAGGCUGUGCGAGUACCCGGAGGGGAGAUCAGCCUUUGCCGACCAUGGCCUCGGGGUCGCAGCGGUCUCGAAGAAGAUACUACGUGUAUCAGAUCUAGGGACCAAGUUGGGAGUAAAGAUCUUGUGGUUGAUGUGCAACUUCCUUCCUACAGAGAAGGUUCUUGAUGAUAUGAUGGCAUAUGGAUUGGUGAAGAAGCUCCUAGUGUUGUUGCACAUCGAUGGUAGGUCUUCGACCAAGGAUAAGGCAAUGAAGAUAAUCAAAUUGCAUGGUGGGGUGUGGAGGAAGUACCCAUGUUUCCCUUGUGAAUUAAAGGAUUAUUUGAGAUUAAUGAAUCACUCUUGAACAUUAGAUCAACAUUCAUAUGGCACUCGCUGCUUCCCUUCUCUUCAAAAAAAAAAAAAAAAAAAGAAAAAUCAUAC